GGUUUCAUCGCCGGUUUGGGUCGACAUCCAAGCCUUCAGGCAAGCAUCAGCAACGUGAGGGGCCUACCGUCCGCACCCCCGGGAUUUCUCAGCCAUGCUCGCCAAAGCUACCUACAACCCGAUGGGGGUGACUGCAACCCAGACCCCAACGACCUCCUACUACACCGGCUCGUCGCAGAAGACUGCCACGGCGGGGGAUUCCCAGAAUGGGAUGUUGUUCACGAGUCCCACAGAGUCGAGCUUCUCCGAAGUCUACGAUGGGCUGGAUGCCGUGCGGUCUUGGGAUGAGAAGCAGGUCGUUGCUUGGCUUCACAGCAUAAACUGUGGCCAAUAUGAAGCCUUGUUUAAGGCGAACAACUUUAACGGCAACAAUCUCAUCGAAUGCGACCAGAAAAUCCUCCAGGAGAUGGGGAUCAAGAAAAUCGGCGAUCGCGUGCGGAUUUUCGUGGCCAUCAAGCAACUUCGGAAUAAAUCCGUUCUCAACCGUAAACAAAGGAACAUGAAUCAAUUGGCUACGCUUGAAGCCGUCUCUUACACAAACGCCUCGUCUGAGCCCUCGCGUCCAUCCAAUCCCCGGCAGACGUCCAGCACCAACACCCGCCGCGGGUCUCGAGCGGCCGAGACUAGCACGCACAGUUACUCUGCUAACAAAACCUCAUCACGGCCGGGGUCACCUUUGCGUCCCCAGCAGUAUGUUGCCAGUAGCCCAAUGGAAAUUGGACGGAUGGAACAAGGCCAAGGCUACUUUAGCCACCCAUCAUCUGGUGGAUCAAUCCGCAAACCGAGCACUCCCAGUGAUGCAGGUCAUAGCCAUAAAGCCGGAUCACACUUGAGGCAAAAUCCCAGUCUGGAUAUCCUGACGAUGGGCCCCAUGCCAACAAAUACGCCCGUCAUCAGAGUGAUCUACACCGGGGGUCAGACCAAGAUGCUGGACAUCAAACAUUGCAAGACGGCCGAUGAGAUCAUCCUCUGCGUUCUGAAAAAGCUACAACUGCCCGAACAUCAAUACCGCAAUUACUGCUUCUACGUUUUGGACGGCCUGGAGCCGGAGCCUUCCAAUUGCCGAAGACUUACGGAUCAGGAGCUGAUGGAAGUAUGCGAAAGCCCUCUCAGGUCCGAGCGGGGCCGCCUGAUCCUGCGCAAAAUCCAUGCUGGGGAACCGGAUCCUGAUGAGCUUCGCCGAGCUUCUCAACUGGCGGUGGACGAAAGCCAAAUGGCCCACAUGAAUGCCCUGAACAGCUCAAAUGUGCGCAACCAGAUCAAAAUUCAACAACUGACUGGAGAGCCUUGGCACAAUAUCAAGCAGCCAAUGUCUCCCGUCUCCUCCCGACACAACCAGACGCCGAGCGAGCAGGAUAUACGGCCCGUGAAUGAGCGACAGGCGGGCAAGUUACGAUCGUUCUUUGGUGCUCGUCCGCCUAGUGAGAUGAUCAUUCACGAGAUCACGUCUUAUUUCCCUAGUCACCAUCGGGAGGACAUCGAAAAGACCAUGCGUAUGUCGGUCCGCAGAUCUCAACGCCUGAGUCGGGCUGCAAGUCGAUUGAGCGUCGUCAGCAACACAAGCUACGCAUCCAGCUUAAGAGAUGCACCUCCCAUUCCGAGCAUCGCAGACACGUGGCUUAAUAAUGCUGGAACACAGCCUUCUCGCGCUUCAAGACCGCUCUCAGUCUCCAAGUUCAAUCUCCCUUCGACGUCGUACCGGGAUUCGAUCGCUUCUAGCUCCCUCCAGCCUCUUCAAGAAGAGUCGCCUAUCGAACCGAAUCGCAAAUCAUACGUUUCUUUUGAUAGUGGCUCGGACGAUCCCACUACUUCACGCCAGAGCCUCGUGGACGAAAAUGCGAGUGUCGCUGCAACUGACGGGGGCUCACUAAAUGAGCGGUUGAGUGUCCUCGUCGCAGAGGAUGGGGAGGAAGAGGAUGACACCCUGAACGACUUCCUGGCUGGAAACAACUUCGCUCCCAAGAAUUGGAUGAAGGGUUCUUUGAUUGGCGAAGGUUCCUUCGGAAGCGUCUUCCUCGCUCUCCAUGCUGUCACCGGAGAGCUCAUGGCCGUUAAACAGGUUGAGAUUCCAUCUGCAACCAAGGGCACGGAAUUUGACAAGCGGAAGAACAGCAUGGUUACCGCACUCAAGCAUGAGAUUGAGCUUCUGCAAGGGUUCCACCACCCCAACGUUGUCCAGUACCUGGGGACUGCUGCGGAUGACCAGUACUUGAACAUUUUCUUGGAGUAUGUGCCCGGAGGUUCCAUCGCCACGAUGCUCAAGCAGUACAACACUUUCCAGGAACCUUUGAUCAAGAACUUCGUCCGACAGAUUCUUGCCGGUCUCUCCUAUCUUCACAGCCGUGAUAUCAUACACCGUGAUAUCAAAGGUGCCAACAUUCUCGUUGACAACAAGGGCGGCAUCAAAAUCUCCGAUUUCGGUAUCUCUAAACGAGUGGAAGCCUCCACCCUCCUUGGGGCCCGCGCCAGUGGCGGAGGUGGCCAUGUGCACCGAGUCUCGAUGCAGGGUAGUGUGUACUGGAUGGCACCGGAAGUGGUUCAGCAGACAGUCCACACGAAGAAGGCUGACAUCUGGAGCUUGGGCUGCCUUGUGGUCGAGAUGUUCACCGGCGCCCAUCCGUUCCCUGCUUGUAGUCAGUUGCAGGCCAUCUAUGCCAUCGGCAGGGAGCGGGCCAGGCCUCCGGCUCCGGAACACGCAAGCAAGGAGGCCGUGGCGUUCCUGGAUAUGACGUUCCAGGUGGAUUAUGAGAAGAGACCCAGCGCAGAUGAACUACUGAAGUGCCAAUUCCUGGCUAGUCCUCUUGCAUAAGCCUAAUCUACAUGCAGGACAUUGACGACGAACUGAUUUUCGAUGCUUGGUCCAUUGAUGUCUGGAGAUUUGAAUACCCCUUGGUUCCUGUUUCAAAAUUUUUUUUUCUCUUUUUUUAAAUGUCCAUGUGAACGUUCAC